GGCACAGCCAGCACCAUCACGAUGUAACAGUGGUGUUUAUAUAUGACUUGUACUGGUUACUUUAUAACACAUUAUGGCUGAAGAUUUUUUUUCAAAAUAUGCCAGUGACUAUGGAUAUGGAGGUUGCAUUACAGCCAUCAGAGAGAAAGAAUUCCCAAAUUUAAAUGAUUCUGUGUACCUGGACCACACAGGAGCCACGUUGUAUGCAAAGUCUCAGAUGCAAAGCUACCAUGAAGAUCUAAUGAAGAAUAUCUAUGGGAACCCACAUAGCAGUUGUUUGAGCAGUGAAGAAACUUCAUACAUGAUUGAUGAUGUUAGACAAGAAAUCCUCUCAUUUUUUAAUACAACUAGUGAUGAAUACUAUGUGUUGUUCACCAGUAAUUCAACUCAUGGGAUAAAACUAGUAGCAGAGAAUUUUCAAUUUCACAGUGAACCUAGAAGCUGCUUUGUCUACCUUCAAGAUAAUCACACAUCUGUUGUUGGUAUACGUGCUGUUGCACUAGAGAAGGGCGUCAAUGUUAAAGUUCUUAAUUACCAAGAGUCAUCAAAAGAAACUUUAUCUGCGCCAUGUAAAAAAAUAAGUAAUUUAGGCAAAGUUUAUAAUCACACUGCUAAUAAGGUUUCCAUAAAUUGUGAUGUUAAGGAAGAUUUGCCUUCUAAUAAUUUGUUUGCCUUUCCUGCCAUGAGUAAUUUUUCUGGACACAAAUACCCAUUGGAAUGGAUUUCCUCUGUGCAAAACAAUGGCCUAUUUUCAGAUGAAUUUUCUGGGAAAUGGUUUGUGCUUUUAGAUGCUGCAUCUUUUGUUAGUACCUCAGAACUGGAUCUUAAUGCAUACAACCCUGACUUUGUACCAAUUUCAUUUUACAAGAUGUUUGGAUUUCCGACUGGGUUAGGGGUUUUAUUGGUGAGUGCUAGAGGCGCAAAGGCUUUAAGCAAAUCUUACUUUGGCGGUGGAAGUGUUUCUGCGUAUUCCAGCGAUACAGACUUUCAUGUGUUUCGACCAUCCCUGCAUGACAGGCACAAAGACGGAACCCCACCAUUCUUGGAAAUUUUAGCUGUACGACAUGGUUUCCAAUCUUUACGCCAACUUACAACAUCAACGAGUGUCAUAACGAAACAUACAUUUUGUCUUGCCCAAUAUGUUUAUAAUAACUUGAAGGAAUUGAAGCAUUAUAACGAAAAUCGUGUCUGUGAAUGUUAUUGUGAUACUGAGUUUAAGUCAAGUUCACUCCAAGGCCCAAUUGUCAAUUUUAAUAUUUUGAGAUCAGAUGGAAGUUACGUUGGUUAUGCAGAGGUAUCCAAACUUGCAGCUAUCUAUCUUAUUCAUUUACGAACAGGUUGUUUCUGUAAUGUUGGUGCUUGUCAGUAUUUUCUCAAAUUAACUACAGAACAACUUCACAAAAACUUUGAUGCUGGUCAUGUGUGUGGCGACAGCGUUGAUAUCGUAGAUGGUUAUCCCACAGGCUCAAUCAGGAUCUCAUUUGGCUACAUGUCUGCCUUUUCAGAUGCUGAAAAAUUUCUUAGUUUCAUCAAAAGUUGUUUUGUUGACCAAGUUAGUAGGUGUUGUAACGAGAAGACACCAAAGGAAACAACCGCGAAAGAUAGUGGCUUGGUGAAGAAAAUGUAUAUUUAUCCCGUCAAGUCCUGUGCAGCUUUUGAGGUUGAACAGUGGAACUUAAAUGAAAAGGGACUUUGUUAUGACAGGGAGUGGUUAAUUGUUAAUGAGUCUGGAUCUUUCAUUAGCCAAAAGCGAGAACCACGUUUGUGUUUAAUCGAACCAUACAUUGAUUUAAAGGAGAAUAUUUUGCAGCUUCAAGCUCCAGGAAUAUCCGAGUUUAAACUGCCAAUCAACAUAUCAAAUGAGACUUUAAACAACCAGAGUAAAAAUCUAUUUCAACCACGCAUAUGUGGAGCAAAAGUGUCUGGUAUUGAUUGUGGUGACGAUGUAUCCAGUUGGCUUACGUCGUUUUUAAAACAAAAGUGUCGUUUAAUAAGACAAAAUCCGAAGGUUGUAAGAAGAGACGGUUUUAACAGAGAUGAUUACAGUGAAGGUCGUGCUCUUUCUCUUGUGAAUAACUCUCAAUUGGUCGCCAUCACUGAAACAAGCUGCUUGGAUCUACUGCAAAACAUUAAUUCACUAGCAUCUGACGGAGAGGCGUGUAAAUUGACAUUAGAAUCGGUGAUAAAACGAUUUCGGCCAAAUUUGGUCAUUUCUGGGGAUCAACCUUUUGAAGAGGAAAGCUGGGGCUAUGUAGCUAUCGGUGGCUGUGACUUUCAAUGUUGUGGUGUCUGUUUUCGCUGCCAAACAAUUUCUGUUGAUCCAAAGAGCGGACAACGAUCCAAAGAACCGAUGCGAACAUUAGCAAGACUUAGAGGAAGCAAGAUACCAUUUGGUGUUCAUUUGCAGAGAAAAAUGAACGACGAAAUAUCACAAAUUUGCGUUGGAGAUACUGUAAUUGUUACCGAAUUUUAAAAAGAACUGAAACGGAACUAAAUUUGACGUAAUAUGAACAGGACAGAAACUAAGAAAAGAUAAAAAAGAUAUUAACCUGGUAUUGAUAAUAUAUAAUAUUGAUAGUAUUGAUCAAAUUUUAAGAUUGUAGGCGCAAACAAACGGUUAAUAAUAUUAUUUGUGGAGAUCCAGGGGUAUACAGAGUGUAUGAAAAACUGUCACUUUGAAUUUACAUAGCAGCCACUAGCAAUAGGCAAUAGCUGUACCAUUUCCUUUGCAAC